AUGGAACGACCUGCGGACGGGACGACGAACGCGAACCUCCCGAAAGAUUACUACGCCGCCGCGCGCGCGGUGACGCGAGCGCUCACGGAGAGCCUCGAGUUCGAGGCGUCCAACCCCACGAACGCGGAGCGGUUCAAACGCGCCGAGCCCGCGAAGGAGGCGGUGAAGACGUUCAUCAAGGACUGGGCGUCGUCGCCGCUCGCGCGCGGCGACCGCGCGCGCGACGACAUCGUCCUCGCCGUGCAAGAGCUGAGCGCGUUUUACAAGGCGAACGGCAGCCGGGUCGCGCUGAGCGACGAGACGCGGCGGAGCGUCCUAGAGAAGCUGUACGACGCGAGCGAGGCGCUGCCGCCGGCGGAGAAAACGCUCGCGGACCGACUGUUAGGGUUAUGAUACAUGAUAUUAUAUUAUUUCUCGAUCUGAUAGUAGUAUCCGACAGUCCGACAGUCCGACGUCCUCUCGUCACGCGGCGUCGCCGUGCGAUACGAGUCGAGGCGAUACGAGUUGAACGACGCCGUCGCCGCCGCCGACGCCGCCGCCGACGCGCGCGUCGUCCAACUCGCCCGGCCCGCGCGACUCGAUCUCAUGGCCGUUCUCGGUCGUCCGUCCGCGCUUCCGCGACGCCGCCGCCGUCGCCGCCGCCGCCGUCGUCGUCGUCAUCGCCGCCGCCGCCGCCGCCAUUCGACGCGACUCCGCCGCGCACAACGACAGCGUGAACGACGCCGCCAUCCGCACCCACGCCUCCACGUCCUCGCGCGGAUCGAACGACAGCGCGGUCGCGGCGGCGUCCACGGACGGCGACGCCCCGCGCGCGCCGACGCCGUACGCCGCGCCGCAC